AACCACCUCAGAAGAGAAUCUCCGUCAACAAAAUUCUAAACACAGUACAAAGAAGAAAUGGUUGCUGCCCCUUUUAUCUACUCCCAUUCAUCUAUUAUCAUUCAAGAAUUCUUGAAAAAUGUCCACUCAAGAAGAUUGUUACUCCAAGCUCCUCUCUAUAGUUCACCUCCGAUAUCAACUACAACAUCAAUUUCCCCGUCUAGUCCAGAAACUAGGGACAACACGUUCGACGCAAAUGUUGUAAUGGUCCUAUCAGUCCUCCUGUGUGCCUUAAUUUGUUCGCUCGGAUUAAAUUCCAUCAUAAGGUGUGCACUAAGGUGCUCAAGUUUAGUAUCCUCUGAUGAUACCUUAUCUGCUCGUCUAGCCAACACAGGAAUAAAGAAAAAGGCUCUCAGAACAUUCCCUAUAAUAAGUUACACCGGUGAUCUUAAUCUUCCAGGUUUGGACACUGAGUGUGCAAUAUGCCUCUCAGAUUUCGCUGCUGGAGAACGCGUUCGAGUCUUACCAAAGUGUAACCAUGGAUUCCAUGUCCGGUGCAUCGAUAAAUGGUUGAAUUCACACUCGUCUUGCCCUACUUGCAGGCACUGCCUAAUUGAAACUUGUCAAAAAAUAGUCGGAUGCAACCAGGCCAGUACAUCAACACCAGUAAUCCCACCGCCUCAAGAAGUUCUUAUCAGGAUUGCACCUUUACAAGAAGAAGGUUUGGUACGAAAUCAUCAAACUUAGCAUAUAUUUAGCUGAUUCUAUCAAGUAAUAGAAUGGGAUUACGGGGUUAGUUUUCUUUCUUUAACUUUUGUUUAUUGUUUUCCUUUUGCCUCUUGUUCUUCAAGAAAAUUAGAAAAUAGGGUCAGUAUAGUUAUAGGUGGAAAGUGGCAACAUUUUGCACUGAUUUUUGAAUUGGGGUAGUAUCAGUUUAGGCCCUUUAGAAAUUAGUGCUCCAACUGUAUAUAUGAUUGUAAGUAAUUUCUUUUCUGCUUAAAUUCUCAUUAAUGACUAUUGA